AUACUACAUGUUUCAAUUUUUAAAAAUAUGAGAUAUGUUAAGGCAUCGUACUGAGAAAGCAAGAAAAAAAACAAAAAAAUAAAAAAAAACCUGCUUUGUAUGUUAGACAAAACACCUUUAGUGUCUCACACAAUUGGGAAUGCAGUAAAGGUUUUAAUUUAUCUAGGUCAUGGUAUAGUUGGUAGUAGCACUCCGUGUCACACACACACCUAAAAAUUACAAAAUAAAAACUGUACUCCGUGUCAUAGUAUCUGUGUCUGCCUUUUUACGUAGCUCUGCCUAGUUUAUAAUAACUGAACAAUGAAGAAAACUGUACACCUUUGCAAUGGACCAAGCACCAUGUAACAUUACUGCCUGUUUUUUUUUUUUGUGCAGGUAUGCCCAUUAUCCAAUCAUUGCUAUAGAGGGGUGGAGUUCUUAUUCCCACACAGUUUAUACAUUGCUUCAACCCUCAUCAGUCAGUGAUGCUUGAAGGUACCAUUGACUGUAUUGCAAAUGAUUCUCAUGAUGGUUUUACUGCUGCAGGGGGAGAUAAUCUAACCCACUCCUCCUCUUGUAUACCCUUGUUCUCGGUGUGUUCUCUUAUUGCACGCAUAGAUUAUGGCCUUUACAUUCACUGGAAUUCGUCUUCUACAGAGGACAAAAUAUGGAAUUGCAAACGCCAGAAUGACUACCUGGAGUAGAGGCUAUCACACAGACAUGGCAUGUAGCAGAAUGGCAUUUCAAUCAAGCAGAAGCUCCAAGGAAUUCCUGUCUUGUGGGCUGCAAACAUCAAGAAUGUUCUGCAGAUCCAAAGCGCAAAUUAUCUCAGGAACAAAACUUGCCAAAGAAAUUAAAAAAGAGAUCCAGAAAGAUGUAGAAUCCUGGAUGUUCCUUGGCAACCAAAGGCCUCAUCUCAGUGUGAUACUGGUGGGAGACAACCAAGCAAGUCACACCUAUGUCAAGAAUAAGAUCAAAGCUGCAAGUACUGUAGGAAUUUCCAGUGAAGUUUUACUUAGACCCAGAAAUAUUACUCAGGAUGAAUUAUUGGAUAUCAUAAGCAAAUUAAACCGGGAUUCUAGUGUUAGUGGUCUGCUGGUACAAUUACCUCUACCAGAACAUAUCAAUGAGCAAGAUGUCUGCAAUGCUGUUGCUCCAGAAAAAGAUGUUGAUGGAUUUCAUAUUGUAAACAUUGGAAGACUCUGCUUAGAUCAGUCAUCUAUUAUUCCUGCUACAGCUGCUGCUGUUUGGGAAAUUAUUAAAAGAACAGGGAUAGAAACAUUUGGUAAAAAUGUUGUAGUUGCGGGAAGAUCAAAAAAUGUUGGCAUGCCAAUUGCUAUGCUGUUGCACACAGAUGGCAGACAUGAGAGACCUGGUGGUGAUGCCACUGUAACAAUUACCCACAGAUAUACUCCGAAAGAUCUACUGAGGAGACACACUCAACUAGCAGAUAUUAUAAUUGUGGCAGCAGGUAUUCCGAAGUUGAUCACGGCAGACAUGAUUAAAGAAGGGGCUGCUAUAAUUGAUGUUGGCAUUAAUCAUAUAGAAGAUCCAGCUACAGGAAAAACAAUAAUAGUUGGAGAUGUGGAUUUGGAAGGAGUGAAAGAAAAAGCCGGUGUUAUCACCCCUGUGCCAGGUGGUGUUGGGCCAAUGACUGUGGCAAUGCUACUGAAGAAUACAUUAAUGGCUGCUCAAAAAUUAAUUUACUAAAACCUUUUCUAUGUUUUCAUGUAAUAUUGUUUUUUAUCAUAUGUUUUAGUACUAAGCAUAAUUAUCGUUUUAAAUCUAGCAUUCAUUGCUUUUAUUUUUCUGAAAAGUAGGGUUGCACUGAUACCAGUAGGGUUUCACCGAUACCGAUAUUGGUGCCGAUACUAAGCAUUUGCAUGAGUGCUCGUAUUCGUGCAAAGCUCUGAUACCUUUGUUGUACAAUUUAAGCCCAUACAGAAUGAAUAGGCUCAAAUCGCACUGCAAAGAAACCCAUGCAAUUUGAACAGGAAUGCAGCGCGAUUCCUGACCGAACCGCAUUUGAUAUCCCCCACCGCUCCUGUGUGAACCCAGGCUUGUCAUAGUGACUUCAGCCUGGUUUCACACAGGAACGGUGGGGGAAAACGCAUGCGAUUUGGACCGGAAUCACACCACAUUCCUGUUCAAAUCGCAUACAAUUCAAU